AUGCGGAUUCGAAAGCCUUUCGCCGCUGCUUUCAUCGGCCUGGUCUUCAUCUCCGCCGCUGCCCGCUUUUCACCGCCCGACUACUCCAUCCCAACCUACAAGCAGUCCGACAAAGUGCUUCACUUCGUCGCCUUCUUCCUGCUUACAAUCUCCUUCUACUGGAUACUGGAGACUUCCAGGCGUAAGGUCCUGCAGUUAACCUUCACGGUGUGCACAUUGGGUUUGGGAAUAACUGGUGAGGUUGUACAAGGGCUAUUACCAAUCAACCGCCAAUUUGACUACAAUGAUAUUGUAGCAAACGUCGCCGGCUCGCUUCUUGCAAUCGCAGCCUGUAAUUGGUAUCAUAAACGUAUGCUGGAGCGCAAGCGCGCCGCGAGGGGCUACACGGCAGUAGCAGGAGACGAGGAGAGAGAUAUCGAGCUUGGAGAAAGUGUUGGCGGUCAGGAGUCUGGCGUUGUCAGACCUACGGUUGACGAAGAACUGGAGCGUUGGGACGAGAACGCUGUAGACUGGGAGACGACCGAACCGGAACCUGUGAAUGGUAUGGCAAUGUCAAAGGAUGAUGACGGCGAUUUGGGCGAUGGUAAGAAACGCAAUAACUGA